GAACAGACAGUAGUUAAAGACACAUUGGAAACGACGCGUGAUGAUAAGCGUGUGAAACAGUUUUGAAUUUUAAUUAGCUUGAUACGGGCUUGGCUUUCCAUCACUCAAUUUUUGAGACUUUUAACGAUUCUUGGGGUAGGGGGCGCCACAGACACUCUGGAUACACCGAUAUUUUUAGUAGACAACGCGUGCUCGAAAAACGUGUUACUGUCGUCACGGAUACGAUUCAUGCUAAUAGCUGUAAUCUUUUCUAAAACUACGUUUUCGCAUUGAUUGAAACGAGAAAGUUGGCUUUGUGAUGUCUUGUUUUAGUGGAGACUACAAUUUCUGCAGCGAGUGCGGAAAUGUUCUCCCUCUGCCUGGACUAUCAGACACAGUAACCUGCCCCCGCUGUCAAUUCACAAUACCAAUAAAUGAAUUUGCAGGUAAAGUGAUUACAUCCACAGUGGUGUUCAAUAGUUUAGAAAAAUCGUCAGUCAAGGAAGAAUCUGAGCAGGAUUCGGAACUGAAGGGCCCAGUGAUUGACAGGCGCUGCUCGCGCUGCAGUAAAGAGGGGAUGGUGUAUCACACCCGGCAGAUGAGGUCUGCAGAUGAAGGACAGACUGUCUUCUACACAUGUACACAUUGCAGAUAUCAAGAAAAAGAAGAUUCCUGAGGAGAUCUUGGGAAGACUUCAAAGAUUUUUUUUUUCCAUUUUCUGCAUGUUCCUUUUUUUAUUGUGAUUUAUGUUUUUUUCAGAUGAUAGUCAAGGUGUAAAAUUAUUGUAAAGCAAGACUUACCAGCAAGAAAUGGGUAAUGCAGGGAGUGCUCUGUCAUUUAUGAAUAUAUAGCUAAAUGAUUAUGUAAUUAAAAUUCCAUUGUGUAAAUUUUGUAUAAUAGGUGUAUGAAAAAUGAAUAAUUCAGUUGUCAAAAUAAAAAUUUUAAAGUUA